AUGGAGGAACCCACCCUUGAGCACCAACCAGACCCAAGCGUUGCCAGUGACGAACCGAUCGCAGAGGCGAUCGACAUACCAACAGUCGACAUCGACCCACAAGGCGAUGUCUUCCUCAUCUGCGGCAGCAUCACCAAGAAGAGGCUCCGCGUGUAUUCACCUGUCAUGUCUCUGGCCUCAGACAUGUUCAAAGCCAUGUUCAAGCCCCAAUUUCAAGAAGGCAUCACGCUGGCCAGCACCAACACAGUCGAGAUUCCUCUGCCGGAUGAUGACCCUGACGCUAUGGAGUCAGUCUGCAACGUAUUCCAUCUGCGUAACAAGGAAGCUCAGAUCAUGGACAAUGGCGCCGGACAUAUGUCUGCUCGACAGUUGCUGACCAUAGCCAUGCUUUGCGACAAGUAUCAAUGUCAAGUGGCAGUGGCUGCUGCAGCGACCUGCUGGCUACCAUCUUGUGACAUCGAGAAGAGUUCCGACCUCCAUAUGCUCAUCAAUGCAGCUUCUCUUUUCCGCAUCGAUACAGCGUUUCGCGAAUUGGGCAAGCUUGUGAUCGAAGGACCGGUCAGACAUAUUGAUGUUGAAGAGGAAGAACACAUUCUGGUCGAUGUCAUCGAACAGCUCAUCGGACGUCGACGAAUGCUCAACGACGACAUCAUCGACUUCAUCGAGAGGCGACUUGACAACAUCAUGACCAGGCGGGAGGAACGUAGUCGAAAGGGCAACCUCAAGCACAUCUGCAAUACAUGUUCCAGAGCAGGUGCUAGCUCAGCGAUGAGGCAGGCCCGACAGACAAGCCAACCUAUGGCAUCGAGCUUGCCCUUGCACCCUCGCAAAGAGAGGUUCAUGUUGCUGUUUUAG